UCCUGUCAUAAGUCAGCUUCCUGUCAGACCCAGAGUUCAAGUAAGGGAAGUGACUACCGAAUAUAAGUGUUGUUUUAAAGCGAAAAGCGCAUUCUAACUGAUGUAAGUUAUUGUACUAGAGGUCGGAGAAGAUGAUGGGAGAGUUUAGACUCCCAGAGGAAGUGUGGAUCCACGUGUUUACGUUCCUUUCCAUUCCUGACAAAUUAAACGCCCGCUGCAGCUGCAGACUUUUUAGAAGGCUGAUCGAUCGUCCUGUUUUGUGGAAAAACACCACGCUGUAUAUCGAAAAAAUCAACUCCUUUACGUGUCAUAACUGGAGAACUCUGAGCAACAGGAAAAUACAAUCGGUUGUGGUGCUAAAGACCAGAGGAAGUGAGUGGAGGCAGCUUGCGUUGCGGCUCCCAUGGAUUCAGUCAGUCACUGUGGACGUGUGCUGCUCCACCAGCCUCAACUCACUGCCUGAGUUUACUAAUCUAACCCGACUUGUUCUCCGGCGGUGUGUGUGUCCGAGUUUAACCUCACUAUCAGCACUACACGACCUGUCUCAUCUCAGUCUGUGUGAGGUUGUGUCUGCUUCAACGUCGGACAUUAUACAAGCUCUUUCCCAGCUCACUAAUCUCACUUCACUUCAUUACCAUGAUUACAAGAAUAAAAUACCACCAGCAAAAUUUCGCCAUCUGUUACAACACCUGCCGAAAUUAAAACACCUCUCUUGGAACCUGAGGACACAAAGUGUGAACCCUAUAUACAGAGAUGCCCUCUUUGUUCCUGAAGAUCCACAGUACAGAAUGCCAGAAUUGGUCAGCCUGGAAUUGCUGAACUACGAGGACCCCAUUCUCUCUCCUGUGGCCUUGCAGGGUCUAACUUCCCUCAAAUUGUUGACAGUGCAAAAUAAAGGCCAUCUGGGACAACACUGGUGCCACAUUCAAACAUGGCUGUCACAAAUGCCCCUCCUCUCAGAGCUAAAUAUUUCAUUGGGAUAUCAGCUUGGUAUCUAUGCUAACUCAGUGCCUCAAACUGUGCAUCGCUUGUCUCUGAAAGGAGUAAGAGCAGACUUUAAUGAUUUGAGAGUCUUGGCUCAACGAGUGCCAGAUCUUCUGCACCUGCACCUAGAUCUAUGUUUCCAUAACGUUCAAAGCCUCAUUGCUGAGAUUCCUCAGCUUUUCCCCAAGCUGCAGAGCCUGGCAAUAAGACAAUACAAGCUUCCUGCGGAGGAAUUCCUUGGACUUGCACAGUUGCCUCAUCUUAAUUAUUUAGUGAUUCUGGAUCCUACUGUUGGACCAAAUUCAGCUUUCAUGGAUCUGACUGAGAAAAUGCACAUCCAGACCAAAUACAGAGUUAAUGUUGUUCCUUUCUCACGACCAAGACACCCAUAUGCUUGUCAUUGUGCAAAUUACUGAUAUUUAGCCUGUACAGCAGUUCUGUACACACAGAAAAGAGGAAAGCAUUUAGAGAGAAAAGCAUAGUGUUACUUGAUAAAGGUGUUAUAAUAAUCUGCCAAAAGCAAUAGGUAGCAUUUGCAAGAUGAUACAUGGUGAUAAUUUUAUUGAUCUGAUUUGUGCUGUUAGAGAACAUCUUUCAUGAAUAAACUGGUUAAUUGCUUAGAAAGAACCAAGUCUCUAUGCUAUAAGUCUCUACCAAGCUCUCUUUCUAUAAUUCAGAAAACAUUUAUUUUAGUGACUCCUCAGAUUUAUAGUACACUCUUCAGGCCUUUCUAUUGCUCUCGAUAACUACUCACUUAUUUUCUAUGUCUAUAACAUAUAACGGUAAUCUGGCUGUUAAUAAAUCAGUAUAUUCCAUUUACCGCCAUUUUCAGGUCUCUCCAGAGAUUUUCAGUAGCGUUCAUGUCAGGGCUCUGGUUGGGCCACUCUAGGACAUUCACAGAGUCGUCCCUAAGCCACUUCUGUGUUGUCUACCUUCCUCCCAGUCUGAGGUCCUGGCCACUGUGGAGCCGGUUUUCUUAAGGAUCUUUCUGUUCAUUGCUCCACUCAGUUUUACCUCAUCUUUGACCAGUCUCCCAGUCCCUGCUGCUAAAAACACCCCCCCCAGAUUGAUGCUGCCACCACCAUGCUUCACUGUUGAAAUUAUUUUUUUCUUUUACUUUUUAAUAGCUGUUUUUAUAUAGGGUCUGGACACCAAAUAUCAAAUCAU